GUUGAGCUGCGAAAAAAGAAAAACAGUACCUGUAAACUACCAUCCGCACCCCAGCCCGUACAUCUGCACUGCCCUUGCCUCAUGCAACCCGAUCGGGUGGGCAAAUCGCGGGCGAUUACAUUUGCACGCCGCCUAGCUCUGUCAAGCGGUCGGCCGCAGUCUUCCCUCCCCCCUGCCCACACCUCUGUUCGCCGUGUGUGUGUGUGCGUGUGUGUGUAUGUGAGUCAGCAGCCGCAGCCGUAGCAUGGCGGAAAGUUGACGGGCCGUAGAGGGUCUGUGCUCACACUGGGCACCCGCUCGAUCCGAGAGAUCCUACAGGGAACAUAUAACUACAGAGAAAGAAGGCAAGAUGUCUCGCUGGAUCCCGACCAAGAAGAUGAAGUGCGGCGUGGCAAUCUACAAUUAUGAUGCCAUGCGAGAGCAUGAACUGUCACUGCAAGUUGGGGACACUGUUCAGAUAAUGGAGGUUUUUGAAGGUUGGUACCGAGGUUACUUGCUGCAAAACAAAGCUCAGCUGGGCAUUUUCCCUGCAUCGUAUGUCCACUUGAAAGAAGUCCAAGUUGAAGGGAAAGGGCACCGGGACACUGUAAUUCCAUCGGAUCCACUGGUCCAGGAGCUCAGUGCUACCUUGAGGGAAUGGGCACAGAUCUGGCUCAAGCUUUAUGUGAACAACCAGACAACACUCUUUCGACACUUACAGCAGAUGACCUACAGCCUUAUUGAAUACCGGUCACAAAUUGUGUCAGGAACACUGCCUAAAGAUGACCUCGUAGAGCUCAAGAAGAAGGUCACAGCUAAGAUUGAUUAUGGCAACAGGAUACUAGGACUGGACUUGGUUGUACGAGAUGAAAAUGGAAACACCUUGGAUGCUGAGUCAACCAGCACGAUACGACUUUUCCGUGCUCAUGAGCUGGGUUCUCAUGAAAUUGAAGAACGUAUCCGGGAGGAAAAGUCUCGACUUCACAACAUUGAGCUGAAUCGGCAGUCUCUCUUUAGCACUGUGCAUACAUAUAGUCUCUAUCUGAACCUCAAAAAUUUUGUGUGCAACAUUGGGGAAGAUGCUGAACUCCUGAUGUCCCUGUAUGACCCUGACCAGUCUGACUUCAUCAGUGAAAAUUACCUGGUGCGUUGGGGAAGCACUGGGAUGCCAAAGGAAAUAGAAAAACUCAACAACCUUCAAGCGAUAUUUACGGACUUAGGCAGCAGUGACCUCAUUCGGCCCCGUGUCUUUUUAGUAUGUCAGAUCAUUCGUGUGGGCUGUAUGGAGUUAAAGGAGGGGAAAAAGCAUACUGGAGGACUGCGGAGGCCAUUUGGAGUGGCGGUGAUGGACAUUACUGACAUUGCCCACGGUAAGCUUGAUGAUGAAGAGAAGCAGCAUUUUAUCCCUUUUCAACAGAUUGCAAUGGAGACAUACAUCAGACAACGACAACUAAUAAUGUCACCGCUCAUCCCAUCACGGGUCAUCGGAGAGAAUGAGCCCUUCAUCUCAGUCUUCAACAAGGUCAUCGCUGCCCGUGAGGUGAAUCACAAAGGACAAGGGCUUUGGGUCACUUUGAAGUUACUACCUGGUGACUUGUCCCAGGUACAGAAGGACUUUCCUCACCUGGUGAACCGCUCCACCGCUGUUGUAAGAAAGAUGGGGUUUCCAGAAAUAAUUCUACCCGGCAAUGUGCGGAACGAUAUCUAUGUGACUUUGAUCCAGGGUGAAUUUGACAAGGGCAAGAAGAAGACCCCCAAAAAUGUUGAAGUGAUGAUGUGUGUUCUGGAUGAAGAAGGAAAUCCAGUUCAGAAAGCAAUUUUCCCAGGUGCAGGGUGUGAGGGUGUCACAGAGUACAAGUCUGUAAUUUACUACCAGGUGAAGCAGCCUUGUUGGAAUGAAACUGUUAAGGUUGCCAUUCCUAUUGAAGAUGUCUGCCGCUGCCACUUGCGUUUCACCUUUCGUCAUCGCUCUUCUCAGGAUUCCAGGGACAAGUCAGAGAAACCAUUUGGCAUGGCAUUUGUGAAACUAAUGAAAGAGGAUGGCACUACCCUGCGAGAUGGGAAACAUGACCUUCUUGUAUACAAGGGAGAUGUGAAGAAAGCAGAAGAUGCUAAGUCAUACCUCUGUCUAGCAGGCACCAGAGUGGAUCAGGAUGAGAGAGAGCGGCAAAUUGGAAAACCCUUCCAUCAUUCUAGCAACCUUCCUGUUAUUAAGGACAGCUUUCAGAUUGGGACACUGAUUUGUUCUACCAAGCUAACUCAAAAUGUGGAUUUACUGGGCUUACUAAACUGGAGAUCAAAUCCCCAAAAUUUGGAGCAGACCCUACAGCGCCUUAUGGAGGUGGAUGGGGGAGAAAUAGUUAAGUUUCUCCAGGACACACUGGAUGCACUUUUCAGCAUCAUGAUGAUGACUUCCGAAAAGGACACCUAUGACAGCCUCGUUUUUGAUGCUCUGGUGUUCAUCAUUACUUUAAUUGGAGAUAUAAAGUUUCAGCAUUUCAAUCCAGUCUUGGAAACGUACAUAAACAAGCACUUCAGCGCCACCUUGGCAUAUACGAAACUUACCAAAGUGUUGAAUGACUAUGUGGAGAAUGCAGAUGACCCCGUCAAAAGUAGCCUUCUUUUCUCUGCCCUGAAGGCUCUCAAGUACCUCUUCCGUUUCAUAGUUCAGUCUCGUAUACUUUAUUUAAGGUUUUAUGGAAAUAAUGAGGAUGGGGAUGAUUUUAAUAACUCCAUUAGAAAGGUUUUCUUUUCUUUUAACAUCUUGAUGGACCGACCACUUGAAGAAGCAGUAAGAAUUAAGGGUGCAACUCUGAAGUAUCUGCCAAUUAUUGUGAAUGAUAUCAUGUGUGUUUUUGACCCUGUUGAGCUCAGUGUUCUGCUGACUAAAUUCAUUGAGAGCAUCCCAGAUUUCCAGCUGGUGCGCCAGAAGCUGUGCUGCAUGUGCAAGAUUGUGGAAAGUGACAUCUUUCUGCAGCCAGAGUGUCGUGAUGUGCUCCUUCCUCUAAUGACUGACCAAUUAAGUGGUCAGUUGGAUGACCAUUCCCAUAAACCAGAAUACGAAGAGUGUAUUCAGCUGCUCAGUGGCAUCCUGGAAGUGCUGGACCGUCAAGAUGUGGGUCCAACCAGUUCCCACGUUCAGCUGAUAAUGGAACGUCUUCUCCGCAGAGUGAACCGAACAGUCAUUAGUAUGAGUCGCAACUCCCCUCUAAUUGGACACUACUUAGCCGCAAUGACAGCUAUUUUAAAGCAGAUGGAUGACCUACACUACAGUCACUAUAUUAGCACUUUUAAAACCCGCCAGGACAUCAUUGACUUCCUAAUGGAGACAUUCAUUAUGUUCAAGGACCUAAUAGGAAAGAAUGUCUUUCCAAAUGACUGGAUGAUCAUGAAUUUGCUUCAGAUAAGAGUUUUCCUGAGGGCAAUCAAUCAGUUUUCAGAAGUCCUUAACAAGUACUUUCUGGACCAGGCCAGCUUUGAGUUGCAACUUUGGAAUAACUACUUCCACCUCACAGUGGCGUUCCUUAUCCAUAAAUCCUUACAGUUGGAAAACUUCUCCCAGGCAAAGCGCAACAAAAUCAUCAGCAAAUAUGGAGACAUGAGAAAAGAGAUUGGCUUCAAGAUCCGGGACAUGUGGUACAAUUUAGGUCCCCACAAAAUGAAAUUCAUUCCAUCAAUGGUAGGCUCCAUCCUUGAGGUGACUCUAAUCCCUGAGCCUGAUUUGAGAAAGGCAACCAUCCCAAUCUUCUUUGACAUGAUGCAAUGUGAACAUAAUUUCUCAUCAGAUCAUACCUUUCAUACGUUUGAGAAUGAACUUAUUACAAAAUUGGACCAAGAAGUAGAGGGUGGCCGUGGGGAUGAGCAAUACAAGAUCCUUCUGGAGAAGAUAUUGUUGGAACACUGCAGGAAACAUCGAUAUCUAUCCACUUCCGGAGAAGCCUUCAUUCUUCUUCUCACCAGCUUACUGGAGAACCUGCUGGCUUAUCGAACCAUCACUCAUGACGAGAGCCCAGAGCACCGCAUGAGCUGCACUGUUAAUGUGUUGAACUUUUAUAAAGAGAAGAAGAGAGAAGAUAUUUAUAUACGGUAUCUGUAUAAGUUGAGAGACUUGCAUCUUGACUGUGAAAACUUCACAGAGGCAGCUUAUACUCUGCUGCUACAUGCUGAGCUCUUGGAGUGGUCAAACAAGCCUUGUGCCCCUCACUUAAUUCCACGAGAUGGUGCACAGAACUGGACGCAACAGGAGCUGAAGGAAAAGCUUUUUCAUGAUAUCAUUGAUUUCUUUGACAGAGGAAAGAUGUGGGAAAAGGCAAUUGAGCUGAGUAAGGAGCUGGCAAGGAUGUACGAAGAUGAGAUUUUUGAUUUUGGUGGAUUAAGUCAUUUAUUGAAGCAACAGGCCAAAUUUUAUCAGAAUAUUAUGCAUGCCAUGAGGCCACAGCCAGAGUAUUUUGCCGUUGGAUACUAUGGACUAGGUUGCCCUUCAUUCUUGAGGAAUAAAAUAUUUAUCUACCGUGGAAAGGAGUAUGAGCGACUGGAAGAUUUCAGUCUUAAAGUGCUUACUCAGUUUCCCAGUGCAUCACGAAUGACCAGCACAGCUCCACCUAGUGAAGAGGUGCGAAACUCAUCAGGACAACACAUUCAAUGCUUCACAGUGAAACCAGUCCUCAACUUGCCUCUGUUCUACAAGGAUAAACCUGUUCCAGAACAGAUACUGAACUAUUACAGAGCUAAUGAGGUGCGACAGUUCCAGUACUCUCGACCUUUUAGGAAAGGAGCGAAGGAUCCAGACAAUGAGUUUGCUAGCAUGUGGAUUGAAAGAACAACCUACUUGACUGUCUACAAACUUCCAGGCAUCCUGAAGUGGUUUGAAGUGAAAUCUUUCUCUACUGAGGAAGUUAGUCCGCUGGAGAAUGCUAUUGAGGCUAUGGAGCAGACCAAUGAGAAACUAAGCAACUUAGUUCAGCAGCAAGCUUGUGAUCGCACAUUGCCUGUCCACCCACUCUCAAUGCUGCUCAAUGGAAUUGUGGACCCUGCUGUUAUGGGGGGCUUCUCCAAUUAUGAGAAGGCUUUUUUUACUGAGAAGUAUGUUGAGGAACAUCCUGAUGACCAGGACAGAAUUGACGUCCUGAAACACCUCAUUGCCAUGCAGGUUCCAUUGUUGGCUGAAGGCAUCCGAAUUCAUGGAGAGAAGGCCACUGAACAGCUACGUCCUCUACACAACCGACUGGUUACCUGUUUCCAGGACCUGAAACAGAAAGUGGAGAAGUUAUAUGGAGUCAUCACAUUACCUUCUUCCUUAACUGAGCGCAAGAAGAGUCGGGCUGGUUCUUUGGUGAUGCCUUACAUUAUGUCUUCAACACUGCGACGGCUUUCUAGUGUCUCCAUUGCCUCAUCAGGGGUGUCAAGCUGCUCGGUCUCUUCAGACAGUACUUCUUCCAGACCCAACUCCGAUGAUUCUCUACUGGGUACGGUAAAUGAACAGAGAAAUUCCGUUAUCUCAAGAGUAUCAGAACCCCUCGAGAGUGACAACAGAAUCUCUAAGUUGAACAGGAGGGAAUGGAGCAUCAGCAAAUCUCAAGUGUUAUCUGCAAGAGAAGUUGACAAAGAUGGAGUUACAUCUCCAGACCGGCCACAACGUCCAAAAAGCCUUCAAUUAGGAGACCGUCGGAUGACCUUAUCAUUAUUUCAAGGUCCUCCUUCUCAACUUAAUAUGGCCCCUCCAGUGGGCCCUCAUCCUGUGACUUUACAAUCUCUAAGAAGCUCCAGUUUUUCAUCUCUAAACAGUGAUAGUGAGAUAGCCUAUGAUGUGCAAGCUACUCCACCCCCCAUGCCCCCUAAAAAUGGCAUUCAGAGAAACUCUUCUGAGAUUGUUCCUCCACUGCCAGUUAAAGGAGAGUCCAGACCCCCUAAUCCUCCUCCUAAAGUCAGGAGAUGAAUGAUCUCUUGGAAGAAGCAACAUACAUCUGAGAAAGGUGGAGCUAAGUACACCUCUUUGAAGAAUGAUGGUGGUGUUUGUCUGGCAAUAUAACAAACAGAGGUGAACACCCAGGGCCCAGCGCCCCCUACUAUGAGAGACAACAGGGAGUUCACUGAGCACGGCCAUUCAAGAAUCUAAAUGUCUCUAAACUCUGGUGAUGUUUCUAAUUUCCUAUGGCUCUUGAAGAGCUCAACUGUAAUGUCACCAACUCCACAAUCACUCAUUUGGCUCAUUCUCUAUAAUGUGUUUUACUGUGUGAAUGUGAUACAUUUAUUGUACAGUGUAUGGUAUUUAUUGUAAUAUCCAUUCAUUCUUAAGAAACAGCUAAAAAUACUGAACAUUUUUUCUCCAAAUAUUUUUCAUAGAGCUUCUUGCAUUUAACAAAGGAAAAUAUUAUUUGUACUGUAUUUCUUAGUUUUUAUGUACAGAGUAAUAUUAAAGUGGCAAGGAUGCAUCUGCUGUUUCAUAAUGUCAGACAAUGAUUAUUUAUUUAUUUUUUAAGCAAUUGCUUGAGGUGGAAUAUGGUCCAAUCGUUGGCAUAGUUUUCACUCUUUUAACCACGUGUGGCAUAUCUAAGAUAUUAACUCUAUAUUUAUUUUAUUAAAACCUACUUUAAAGAUGCCCAGUAUCAGAAGGUAUACGGUAUAUAUUCACCAACCACAUACACUCUCAUUGCUACUAACAGUAUAUGAAUGUAAUUGAUGAAAUAGUUUUUGCUCAUCAGUGAAUACUAAUUUGGUUAGCACAGAAUUCUACAUAAAGCAAUAUUAAAGUCCCAGAGUGAUUCUAAGAACUUGUAACUAGUCGAUUGUAGGUACUAGUCUUUCAUAUAUGUUUGGACUAGACAUUCUAAUUUCAUAUAAGUAACAUCCCACUCGGUAGUUGCUUUUAAUUGUAUUUUUGAGAGAAAAUUGUACAUAAGAGUGAUAAAUUAUAAGGUAGUGGCUUGUAAAUAUUAAUUUUAUGCUUCCUAACAUAUAUCAUUGCACUCCUCAUUUUGUAAUAUCCAGUGCAUAACACUGGUCUGAUUGACUUUUUUUAAAUUUAUUACAUUAUAUAAAUAGCUUUUAAUGCAUUCUGGGCCCAUGUAUCGUGCAGUGAUAUGGAUGAACCACAUUUAUUUCACUUUGCGAUUACCAUUUAUCUUUACUUGUGAGUUUUCAUUAUGCUUCAGUUGUACUGUAUUGCUUAGGUUCAUUACGAAAAGCCUAAUGGAAUGGAAUUAAAACAUGGGAGCGCAUGACUUCUCGAAGGAUGAGUAUAAAUAAGAACAAAAUAGAGAAUGGAAGAACAAAUGAAUGUGAAUUACUGGAAAAAAUGAACUUGACAUGCAAAGAUAGAUAUGUAUUGCCCAUUCAUUUGAGUCAUUCUUCUUAAAUAAAUGAGGGAUGAAUCUAGAAUUAUACUGACACGGACAUUGCUAAGUGUACCAAAAAAAGAAAUUCAAAGCUACAACUGGGUACAGACAAGUGUAAAAGAAACCGCUUUCCUCCAGUGACUAAGGCUAAAGUCAGUAAUUAUAAAGUAUAUGUGUUUAUGUAUUUGCAGGUCAUCUGUUUUUAUAUCUUUACAUUUCUAACCUAUGUAUUCAGUAGAGGACAGCAAGACUUUUACAUGUCUUUUUUAAAAAGCAUUAACAAUUUACAGCUAGAUUGUUUUUAUGGAAUUGAACAUUUUUACUCUCACAUCCCAAAGAUGUGCAUGUUGGGUGACUUAGUGUGAGUAGAUGUAUGAGUGUUCCUAGUGAUGGACUGAAUUGAGUCAAGCAAAGUUAAAAAUAUAUGAAUGAGUUGAGUAAAAGCUAAGUAAUAUUCUAAGAAAUUACCCAAAAAGCUAGUGUUGUAGUGGAUUUUCUUAUUAGACAGUUCCUUUUCUGCAAUACAUUUAAGACCAAACCGGUCAGAAACAUUAAUUUUUGCAAGUCUAUACUGAUAAAAUAUACAGUAUGUAUACUUUAUAUUUAACUUCAAAAAACACCAGACUGCCUGCUGUUAUUUCUUGCCCCAUAUCAACCUGGUAGACAUCUGUCAUCUGCUCACAAUGUCAGAUGCUCACUUACGUUCGUGACACUUGCUCUCUGAAACUCUUUGCCCAAGUCUGUCACUGAGAUCCCGUCAGUCUUAAUAUCCAAAUCAAUCCAUGCAGGUGGUGCAGUGGUAGCAGUAAGGAGAUUAUAGGUUUGCGUCCUGGGUCCUUCCGGCUUGGAGAGCGCUGUGAGAUGUGAGAAAAGUGCUAUAUAAAUGAAAAGAAUUAUUAUCAUUAUUAUUAUGCUUGAAAAACCUACCUCUUCUAUCUUGCAUCUAUCUGUGUUUAUUUCAUUUUCUAACUGAUUCUUACAUUCCUAUUCUACUGAAGCCAACUGUACUGUCCUGCUGAUGAACUCUUAAUGUCAGUCAGCUUCUGGGUAUGUUCAGUUCAUUUUUACUUUUGUAACCUUAUCCUGUGUGUUAUCAGGUAUCUGAAUUUUCAUCUUUCGCACUUUAUUUUAGUGUGUUUUAAUUAUGUUUGCAUUCUUUGCAAAGCACCUUGUGACCAUUUUUUUCUAUGAAAUAUGGUACUUAAAUAAAAGUUCAAUUCAUUAAUUGAUAUUUCAUAAUAAAGAACAUAGAUUUGUCUGCUUCAAGAGAGCACAGCAUUGGAGUUUUUUGCCAAGAAUGUGUUCACUCAAAGACAUGCUAUACUUAUCAGUGUAAUUAAAUGAGAAUUUUACUGAUAAAGAAACUUUAGCUCUAUGUCUACACUGAAAAUGCUAUAAGCAAAACUUACAAUAUUGGUAGGCACUUUGCACUUCAGGAUAGUGGCAGAUGUGGGUGCUAUUGCUAAGUAGUGUAGACUUUUAACUGUUUAAAUAUAACACGAGUCAUCUUGUAGGCUGUGUGUAUAAAAUGGUGGUUAGGUAAGAUUUAAUAACCUCUUGGUGUCAUUUUAUGCAUUACUUAUUCAUGCCCACACUCAAGGGAGGAGUGCAUUUGAGAACCAAUAAUAUUUUAUUCUUAGAAAUAAAUAAUGUGUUAUGCCUAAUUUAAUGUUUUACUCGUAACAUAUUUUAAACACAUUAUGCUAAUUUACGUAACAAAGUUGAUUACCAAUUGCCUCACUUUAUUGUAAAAGCUUGGCCAUCUUGUUCUACUUUCCUAUUGAUCCCCAAAGUAUUCUGUCCAGAUUCUGUGCUGGUUUUUCAAAAAAAUUCUAAUGUUAUUCUGAAAAGUCCACAUGUUCAUAGUCCUUGAUUUGUAACAAGGCGUGUUAUCACUUUGGAAGGUGUAAGGGAUGGAACCGGGAAAUUAACACAGCUAUUCUGUAAAUAUUCCUGGUGGAAUUGUGGAAAAAAGGAUUGUGAUUGCCCGGCAGCUUUAAACAUACGUUUUUUAAAAUGUCAUGGAAAGAUAAGGUAGCAGAAGCACUGAUGCUUAACUUUUUGUACUUUUUAUUGAAAUUUCACAGGAUUUCUUCUGUACAUGGUCAAUUGUUGUCUGAAUACUGGAAUUUAUAAUAUGAAUAUGAUAGAGUGAUCAACUUACAUAAAGCUUUGUACCCUGAUCUUGUUUCUUCAUUCUCUGUGUGUGUAAAUAUAUUUAAUCCCAGACACAUACAGCUGAUAACAGGACCUUGUUAUUUUGGUGUUCAUGUGUUUAAAAGUGACAUUCCAUCUAGUACAUGCCAUCAUAAUAAAGGAGAGGAUAGUUCCUCAUAUUCCAAAUUUGAAAAUACUCCAACUCCUUGUAUAAAGAAAAAUUUAACCAUUGAACCAUUUUUAACAAAGGCUGAUAUAGUAAUUCUCACUGGCAGCACAUUUACACUUUAUGGUCCAUAUUUAUAAAUAACCAGAAUUGGUACUCUCUUGAUAGAAGUAAGCUAUUUCUUUUUUUUUUCUUCAUUAGGUACAAGACACUCUAGUUGGAUGGGAUCAAGUAAGGGGAUUUUUGUUCAAAUAUGGUUGAUUGGGAAUUUUUCUGGAAAUAGUGCAAUUAUCUUUUCUUCCGAAUUACUUUCAUUUGAAACAUUGAAGUUGCAAUGCCAUAAAUGGCAAAAAAAAUUCUUUGGGGUGCACAUAACAUGAAGUCUAAGCAGAAACAGAGGGAAACAACUAAACAUUCAAAAUAUGCCGUACAUCUAAAAAUCAAAAAAUGCAUUAAAUGAAAGCUAGAACAUUGUUUACAAUAUUAACAGAGAAAAAUCAAAACCACAUUCUGAAAAAAGAAAGUUCCCACAAAAGAGACCUUGUUGAAAAUCAAGAAGUUUCUGUCACUUCAGAACUGUAAUAAGAGAGCUACAUUUGAUUAUGAGUUAUCGUUUAUGAGUUAUGACUUCCACAAUCACAUCCAUGUACAUAAAGUCUUCAAGCCUAAAAUGUUCCAAUAAAGUUUAGAGAUACCUAAAACAUGCAAAUCUGUUGAAAACUUGAAAUCAAAUUUGUCAACUAUGUCACAACACUUACUUGCAUACCACAUACAGGGAAUAUAAAAAUAAUAAGAUGCUGUGUUGGACACACAUAUUGAGAUAUUAUUAGCGUCAUCAGAGAAUGGCAGGCAUACAGCUCCCUACUGAUUGUAACCUUAAUUGCUUGUUCCUUUUUGUAUUCUUACUUUCACCCUAUUCAGGCGUCAGAAUUUUUUGAGCCAAAACAAAUAAAUGUGUUAGGGAGACAAUGUAGAGUGUAAAAGUACCAAAUAAUUUCCAACACAACACUGUUUUUCUUGAAUAUUAUUAUUUAUUAUUUUUACUUCAGUCAUCUCUUAAAUGAUCAUGAUUAAUAACUGCUUCAGUAGUGCACAUUUCUUAGCCAUAUUACCUCACUAACUUAAGAAAACCGGAAGAUGUAAUGCACUGGAGAACAGUUAAUAUUAAUAGAGCAAUAGUUUGUAAAUAAAGGUAAAUUAAUGAAGAGUUUAUAUUUCUACUGAAUUAUUGAUUUCAUAAUAAAAUGUUUUUACAAUUCUUUUACUGAAAAUGAGACAAUUUUAGUUUUGAUGUGAUCAGAAUUUGACUGUAAUUGACCUAGAAUAUUUUAUUUAUUUUUAUUGUUCACAUUUGAAGAUUUUUGACAGUUUCAACAGUCAGUUUUAACUCUUUGAUUUCCCACAUCUAAAUGAAAGACAGGACAGUGACAUGAGAUCUUUUAUCUUGUCAUAAUGCACCUUUAAUUCUACUUCGUCAAUGGAAGAAGGAAACACCAACUAUAAAAAUGUAUAAUUUUUAUUUAUUUUGUUUCUUUGUUUUUUGGGCUGGUGCAGUGACUAGGUGCCUCAAAAGCUUUUACAUGACAACUGUUGGUUCCAUUAGAGCAUUUCAACUACUCCCAGUCCUUUGACCACUUAAUUCCAGCCUGGAGAUUAAGUUUGUUGGCAACUGGCCUGCUUUAACCACUGUAGUCAGAGGAAAUGCUAGUCUUUGUUAAUUUUUUUCUGUGCUGAUUUUGAAUGUGUGUUCUUGAAUGGAAAAUGUUGACAAAUCCUUUAAAAAGGCAAGGUUGUUAAAGAUGAAGGAUAUUACUGCUUUUUGAUAAUUGUUUUUAAUGUAAGCUUUUAAUUUUGUAUCGAAAAGUUGUCUGAUUUAUGCUCAUCAAAAUGUGUUUUAUUCACUGAUCCAUUUGUUUUUAAAGAGAAACUGGACUGAAAAAGCUGAAUAAUAAUGCUUUCCACUUCCCUAAAGAUGCCUUUUUGUAAGUGCUGUUUUAAAGCCUAAUAUCAUUUUGAAUGCAUUAUUUGUACAGAAAUGUUCUAUAUUUUAUGUAAAAAUAUUUUUGUCUCACUUGAUGAAAGAGGACAGAAAUUAUCUAGACUAUUUUUGUGUUCUGGAAACAAAGCAAUAAAAUAAUUUUACUUAUCAGAAA